AUGGCGGAUAAUGUAGUAUGGUCAGAUUUGAGGGAGCUCCUGAAGAGGGGGGAGGUCAAAACCGCACCGUUUGGUGUCCAGAAGAGAUAUGAGAUCACUGAUAUGGCGACAGAGGCAAGGAUCAUCAAGAGGGUGGGCGAAUUCAACCUUUAUCUGCUCGCGCUCGAGAAGCUGCAAUUGCCCACGGAUCCCGCAAGUCCGCUGCGAAAGGACAAAGCGUUUCAUCAAGACUUCUCGUCAUAUUUCCAUCUCGCGGGUCUUCACGGGUUCCCCCAAGUAGAGUAUCAGGGUGUAGGCUUCUUACAAAUGAAGGACUGGGCAAAGAAAACAGCCAAGGGCAAGGCGGACCUCAGCGGAAUAUGGCCAUCAACUCCUCGUGAUUCAAAAACGUCGGGCGGAUACUGUGUGCACGGAAGCCCCCUCUUCCUCAUAUGGCACCGGCCUUACCUAGCCCUCAUGGAGCAGACCCUGCUCUCUGCUGCGAAGGAGAUCGUAGACUCGUGGUCAGCGGAUUCCGAAUUGAAUGAAAGAUUACAGGCCCAAAAGAAUGAGGAUACCAAAGCGCUCAAGGCCCUCCGUCUGCCCUACUGGGACUUCUGUCGCCCGUGGAGGAAAGGUGAGGGCGUUGGUGCUGGAGAUUUCGACUAUGGCCUUCCUCCGCCUCUCUCCCUCCCCUACAUCAAGGUUCGCCGGCCAAAUAAGCUAGAGUAUGAGUACAUCCAAAACCCGCUGUACCAGUACGUCUUCCCGGAAACCCAGAUCAAUACUACCAAGAAGGAGAGCAAACGUUACAAAAGGGUUCUUGAAUUCGCCAAGUUAGGCCCCGUAGCAGGCUCAAAACCUAUUCGGACCACCAGAAAUGCCGGGGUUACUGGCAAGACGAGCCAUAAGGAACUUACAGACCAGGGCAAUCGCUUUCUUUCAACCAUGAGGGACAGGCUGUAUCGCACUUUCACCCUCCCCGAUAAGGAGUUCCAGCAGGUUUCGACCGCUAGGACGGUGCACCUUGAUGAUGAUAAUCCUUUUGUGGAAGCCAAACCAGAAAACGAAAAGGACUCUUUCGAAUCUAUCCACGACAACUACCACGUCAUUUUGGGUGGUAUGAACCCAGAUGGGCAACCGCACGGAAAAGGCGCCAUGACUCUGCCCCAUAUAUCUGCUUUCGAUCCUGCAUUCUGGCUCCUGCAUGGGUUUUAUGAGUGGACGUUGUGCCUAUGGCAGAUCAUCCAUCCCCAAAAGUAUUGGGACCCGGAUUUUCAAAUCAAGCGGAGCAACAAAACCGAAGUCAUCAAAUGGAUGAAGCCGCUUGGCAAAGAAAGCGCCGAAACUCCACUCCUACCCUUCAUGACGCCGAGAACAAAUCCGUGCGUGGCCAACAAAAUCGAAGAUCGCUAUUGGAAUACAUUGAAGAGCCGGUAUUGGGAACAAUUUGGAUAUUCUUACGACAAUCUACCCGGUGUUUCCAAAGACGACGAUAAUUUGAAAAGGGAAAAGGACGCAAAGUCUGCCAAUGCCCUCGUCAAUGCCCUCUAUGGGUGGGUACCUGGACCCACACUUACAGAGCUGGAAACAAAGACGCGCAAGGAAUUCUUGACCAUCCCGCAAUUUUCCGCCAUGGAUUGGUUUCCAAAGAAAAAGUCAGAUGGCACGCCUGUUGCAUUCCCUUUCGACGAUCUUACUCUGGACGACCUGAGCGACGCAACCGGACCAGGACUCUUUGGAAUCAUGGCAGACGCCGGCGUUCCCUCGGAUAAAAAGCCAAAGAAACCGGAGGCCAUACACUUCGAUCCCCGGCGCGUGUUUCCCGCGCAUCUCCAGCGGGCCGGCAAAAUGCGCCACUGGUCGUUCAAUUUCAACGUUGAAAAGUUCGCCCUCAAGGGCACGUUUGUCGUGUACGUCUUCAUCGGCGAUUUCACGCCGAACCAAGACAACUGGUUUCAAGACCCGAGCCUCGUCGAUGCAUCAGCAAUCUGGGCGCGCGACGUGGACGAGAACAUGGCGGACGAGUGCCCGAAUUGCCAACAGCAACUGGAAGAGGACUCGAUCUACGGCGACACCGUCCCGCUGACGAGCCGGCUGGUCGAUAUGGUCGAGGCGCGCGAGACGCAGCCGCCUACGCCCGAGGAGGGCAUGGUGCUGCGGUCGCUGGACCCGGAGGACGUAAUUCCGUUUUUGCGCCGAAAUCUCCACUGGCGCGUGGUCGACCGAAACGGAGCCCAAGUCCCGCGCGAGAAGGUCGGCCGGUUCCUGACCUAUGUCACGUCGAGAACCAUGGCGUUUCCGAAGACAAUAUACGACCUUCCUGUGUGGGACAAUCCGGAGGUGUAUCGCGAGGUCACCCACGGGAGACCGUCUGGACUGUGCUUUGCGCCGGGGUCCUGA